CACAGAAACAAUAUCGAGGAAUGAUCACGAAGACAAUUAGGAAUGAUGACAUAAAGAUAAAGACAGGAGGCCUACGUCUCAAUAAAUGAGGGAGGGAAAAAAAUCUUGUCACCCUUCUUACUGUGUUUCAAAUGUGAUUAAUAUGACAAGACUAAAAAUAGAGACAGAUGGCAAGUAAGUAUUUGUCAAAGCACAGCGAGACACUCCGACAAGUCUACAGAAGGUUACGCCUCAAAGCAAUAUUUACCCAAACUCCUCGACUGAGAUACUGUGUAUUCAUUAACUGAACUGAUGAGCACUGAAGGAGAAUGAGUGAUCUGUUGCUCUUUCACACCACUGAGAAGCUUAUCAAGAUAUCAGAGCUUUACCAUACAAUAACAAAACCUAGCAGGGUCCUUCUGCCACAGCAAAGACUGCUGAACUCUGCACCAGAGGAAAACAGGCGUAAGGUUGCAUAACUAAACUCUUUUUAAAAGUUUCCUGCCUCUAAAACCAUCUACAAACAGCUUUAAUCCUGUGUGGAACAUGUAUUUUUUUGCACAAUAAGGGGCGCUUAGUGUUGCAAUCUUGAAGGUAAUGUCGAGAGUAUUAUGAAGGGUAGGGCAGGAAAUUAAUUUCUGCAUUCACAAACUACUUCCAAAUUCAGUCACUGACAUUGUACGACUACAAGCCAGAUGUGGUUUAUUUUACCGUUAAAUUAAUCAUCAUACAAAGGUUGCUUGCUGCCUAAAGGCUGACGUAUUUAUAAAUAAUAUCAGUAACCAAAAUGGACCAUGACUCCGGUUUUCAUUACUGUCGAGUCAUACCAAGAAGAACUCGGCGUAUUGCUCCAACCUCAAAGGAACCUUUGAACUGAGCAUGUGGUAGUUUAGACAGGAACAAGCAAACACUCUAUGGCUGUAAUGAAAUGCAGGGAUUCAAAAUUAAGACACCACAUUGCCUGGAUUGAUUAAUAUGCUCUGUUCAGCCAACUGCAUUUCAUAUCUACUUUUUAAAUGUAGUAAUAAACACAGGCAGGGCUGCAACCAUACCUGUCAGGGCAUUUAUACUCUAAUCUGCAGUGAAAAUAAGAUGUGAAAGAGUCAAGUGGAAGUUUAAGAUCUUCUGUCAACAUCAACAAGGCAGGAUCAGGUGCAUCAAGUUUGGUGGAAGUCAUAACUGGAGCAUCAGAGCCAGUGAUCAAAGGCAGCUGAGUCUAAGCGCUGUGCUGAUUAUGGAUGACACGCAAAUAGAGUCAGUGCCUUUUGAAGACUUAGAAGAUGACAACGAUUCCUCAGACGACAACUCUUCAAAGUCAGGGAAAAAGUCAAAGCUCCCUCUGGUUACUUCUACGUGUGCAGAGACACCUCGUGAAACUGGGUUUCAUGAGAGUACCAGAAUCUGUCUGGAGCAGAUGAGAGAAGCCCUGCUUCAUCACAGAUGGCAGGAGGCAGCAGAAUAUAUGGCAUGUUACACACAAAUGUUGGAAGACCCAACCAAUGGCAGAGCUCAGCCGUGUAAGGAGCUUAUCUGGAGGAUCAGCGCUGAGAUCCUUCACCAUCACCCCAACUCAAAGCUGGACGACUACAACAACAUCUAUGAACGGAUGAAACACUCAGGAGUAAAACAUUACCUGAUGAUCUGUCUGGAACAUGCGUUCCACCUGCUGCUCAAUGGUCACAUUGAGGAUGCAAAGCGUCAGCUGUCUGCUGCAGAGAGUUGGAGGUACGGGAAGGAGUCGGCAGCUCAGUUACAGAGGACUAAACUGAUCCAAGUCUACAGGAGCUUACUGGAUUACAUCAUCUGGUGUGACAAAAAGUUUACACACUCCAGCACUGAGUAUUCCCACUCUGGUGGCAACCAAGACACGCACAACUACUUCAGACAGGCCUCUGUGAAUCUAAAGGAGAUUCUGAAAAAUCCUGGCGUCUGGGAUCCCUUCAUACUGAGCUACGUCGAGAUGUUGGAGUUCUAUGAGGAUCACGAGGAGGCUUUGAAAGUCCUGAAUGAUUACGCAUAUGACAGCACUUUUCCACCCAAUCCCAAUGCACAUGUCUAUCUGUACCAGUACUUAAAGCGGCAUGAUACUCCAGAGAAGAAACUGAUGAAAGUACUGAAGACCCUCCAUGUGUUAGUCCCAAGCCAUGAGUUGAUGUUGGAGUACAGUUCUCUCCUGCUUCAGUCAGAGAAAAAAACUGACACCCAGAAAGCUUUAGAAGUCAUUCUGGAGAUGCUGGACUUCGCCUGCUGGAGGAGCAACCUGGACGUGUGGAAGAGUUUAAAGGCCAUUAUUCAAAAACUACAGUCACAAGAAGACUGGAAGGACGUUGUCUCUGGAAAAAUGGCUGCGAGGAAAGACUGGUGGCCCGUGCUGCACUUCACAAGCUUCCACGCUAGUAAAGACUCUGAGGAGAACCCAGAGCUCAUGGAAGUGAAGGCAUCACUGAUGAAAAUUCUUUGCCCAGACCUAACGCUCAAGUACGCAGCUGGACAGGUGACCAGUGGAGAGUGAACCAGAGACAAGAACUCAAAGAAACAAUUAAAAUGUGUCUUCGUGGUUCACAGUCAAGAACAGAGCAGGGAUGCUGUUGGAGAAACAAACUGAAAAGCUCCAGCAAAGACGUCACCAUGAAGUUUAUUUUGACAAGAUUUCUUUUUUGUGAUAAAAUAUUUCCAGCUCAAGGUUCACUGACACACAUACCUCCAUAUUUUUUUUUAUUUAAACCUUGUUCCUGGUUACUGAAUUGUGCCAUUACUGAGGCACAAGCUACACUGCCCACUGUGUGGAGCUCUUGUUCUGUGUUUGUGCAGCGAGUAUCUGGAGGCUAUGUCCACCUAAUUCUGGCAGAAACUGAGUGUAGCUCUGAAUGUCAGUGUUCAUGUUGUGGUUUCUGUAAACAUUUUAAUGGGAGCAGAGUCUCGCUCUGACCUCAGAUGACCUUUGACUGCUGCACAGAGGGGCUUUAAGGUCACAAGUGUGUGUGUGUGUGUACAGCACUCAGCCUGAGGGAUAUUCUCUCUGUCAAGUCUUUUGUCAGGCCAGAAUAAUCAACACAGAGCUCUCAGCAACAUAAUGUGUGUAAGUUGAAGUAAGUGGGGCAGACCACUGACAGGUGGUUGCUGGGUAAUGGCGUCGACAGGAAGCGGUUGAAUGUGAGAAGUGCCUUCAAUAAAAGAUCAUAAUUGA